AUGCUGUCGAUUCUCAGAAAAGCACGAUUAAAAGACAAAGAGAUGCGAAUAUUGAUGCUCGGUCUCGAUAAUGCCGGCAAAACCACGAUCGUCAAGCAGAUCAUGAAAGAAGACGUCACCACAGUCAGCCCAACACUAGGGUUUAUCAUAAAAACGAUAGAUUUUGAUGGCUAUCGAUUGAAUAUAUGGGAUGUCGGUGGUCAGAAAACUCUCCGAUCAUAUUGGAAGAACUAUUUCGAAAAGACCGACACGUUGGUUUGGGUCGUGGAUGCGACAGAUCGUCUUCGCGUGGACGACUGCCGUGAUGAGCUCGCAGGCCUUUUGCUUGAAGAGCGACUCAUGGGAGCAAGCCUCUUGGUAUUUUUGAAUAAAACUGAUGUCGAAGGUUGCAUGACGGAAGAUGAGGUCCGCGAGCGACUCGGCCUGGACUCGAUUAAAACACAUAAAUGGACCAUAUUGCCAUGCAGUGCGAUGACGGGGAAGAAUCUUCAUGAGGGCUUGGACUGGGUAGUGCAGGAUGCCAAAGAUAGGCUUUUCCUUUAUUAG